AUGGCAUUCUUCAAACGCGAGGAAGGUUCUUUCUACAGCAAAUCUCGUGGCAGCGCUUUCAACGUUAGUGAUGGAAGCGACAGCUCUGGCGACUCCAGAAUUUCUCGAUCAAAGUUCCGAAGUUCAAUGUCAGCUUCUCACAAGAGGUUCAUGAGCGAGAGUGUGCUCAACGGCUUCAACUCAUCUCAGAAGGUCGUGACAUCUCGGGAGGAAGAAGUUGUUGUCGAAACUGUCUUUUGGGGCCCCCAAAGGUUCGCGGAUGUGGAAAAGCCCUGUGAUAUGUUGUUUUCUGUCCAAGAGGAAGCACCUACCUAUGUGUUGACCCACUUGAGCUCUGGUAUGUUCUUCUGAUUGUUUUACCUUUAUAUUGUUGUACCCAUAUUAAUGUACAAAAGCUACAUCCAAAUGCAUUAUCAGUUUCAGUUGAAACACACGCCUUGAAUCCAUACGAUUCUCCACGUUUCAAAGCAGAUGAAACUGAUGGUGUAUUCGACGAUGUGCAUCCAGUGUUCCCCACCCACUACAAGGACUUCUUGAAGGCGAGGGAAAUUGUCAGAGAGAUCAGCAAACGCGAAAACUACUGUAUCAAGAACUACGACAACAGGACCAGAAGCGAGUCUAGCAGCGACUACUGA